CCGGACCUGUACCUCCAUGAAAUACAACAGAUAUUAGAGAGAUAUCACCGCAUCUCUGUUUGUGAAUCCACUGUCUGGCUCAGCCUGAAGCAAUGGGGCUUCACACACAAAAAGGUAUGCAUUACACAUAUUUAUGAUUACAUACCGCAUUUAGGAACUAUAUGGGUCUGCAUUAUCAAGCUGAACAGCUUGUUUUUGUUGAUGAGACAGGAUGCAAUCACAAUACUUCCUCACGCUCCCAUGGCUGGGCACCAUCUGGUGACUGAGCUUGUCGUCAGGAUUUUUUCAUGCAAGGCACUAAGUGUGUACUCUAUACUUCCUGCUCUGACCAUAGAGGGCAUGCUCCAUGUGAAUAUUCAGCAAGGGGCAUACACAACGGCGACAUUCAACGAUUUUAUUUGGUCCCUUCUCCCACGCUGUAGGAGAAAUAACGGCCACACUAUGGAAACCCAUUAUGGAAAUAUGCCAGAUAAAUCACAAAAACCUCAUACGACAAGUAGAUAUGAGAACAUAGAAGGACCUGAAUUUUAA